AUGGCAUCCCAAGACGCUCUUGCAGCCCUCGAGGCGCGUGUCGUGGCCGCCGAGCGUCUAGCCCAGCGCGCCCACGACCGCGGCGCCGUGGAAAACGUCUUUAGCCAGUACAUGCACCUGCACAACGUCUUCGAGGACGAGCAGAUCAAGCCGCUUUGGGUCGCCCGCGGCACGCCGGACAUCCACGCGCAGUACACCAACGUCGGCGUGUACACGGACUACGACAGCGUCAUGAAGUACCACACGGGACGGCCGUCGCCCAAAGGCAAGCUGAUUCUGCACGAGACGACGACGCCCCUCAUCGAGGUGGCCGAGGACGGCGAGACGGCCAAGGGCUUCUGGCUCAUGGCGGGCGUCGAGUCGGGCUUGUCGGACCCGGGCAACGUCGGCGCGAUGCCCGAGGACCUGUACGAGCCGCAGGACAAGAACGUGGACGGCCAGCGCGUGUGGGCGCACUGGGUGUGGUGCCAGUACGCGCUGGACUUUCUGAAGCAGGACGGCGCGUGGAAGAUUUGGCAUUUCCGGUGCCUCGAGGUGGCGCGCGCGCCGUUCAGCGAGAACUGGAUCACGUUCGCGGCCAAGAACCAGGUCGCCUUCGACAAGGACCUGGCCUACUUUGGCGACGACGGCAAGGCCGUCUUUAUGCCGACGCCCGACGAGCCGGCGACGAAGACAGCAGACAUCUUUGGCCCGAACCGCAGCCGCAAGCUGGACGUUCCGCUGCCCAAGCCGUACAAGACAUUUAGUGAAGUCGAGGAGUACUGA